AGAAAAACCAUAUAAAUGCAUGGAGUGUGGGAAAACCUUUACUCGUAGCAAUGGACUUAGAAAUCAUAAAACGAUCCACACAGGAGAAAAACCAUAUAAAUGCAUGGUGUGUGGAAAGACCUUUGCUCUGAGCAAUAGACUUACUAUGCACAAAAAGAUCCACACAGGGGAAAAGCCAUUUAAAUGCAUGGAGUGUGGAAAGACCUUUGUUCAAAAAAGUACUCUUUUUACCCAUAAAAUGAUCCACUCAGAAGAGAAACCAUUCAAAUGCAUGGAAUGUGGAAAGACCUUUACCCGAAAAUGUAGUCUUAUUGCCCAUAAAAUGAUCCACUCAGAAGAGAAACCAUUUAAAUGCAUGGAGUGUGGAAAGACGUUUACUGCGAGGAAUGCUCUUACUUCUCAUAACAGAAUCCAUACAGGAGAGAAGCCAUAUAAAUGCACGGAGUGUGGAAAGACCUUUGCUCAGAAUGCUCAGCUUACUUACCAUAAAAGGAUCCACACUUGGGAAAAAGAAUAUAGCAAUAGCAAUUCCACUUCAGAUUUAUCUACCACUCCACAAAGUUUUAUAGCAGUCUUUGAGCAAUUUACAAAGUCAGCAUAUUGUCCCCAGAAAUCUGGGUCAUCGUUUUACUGA